GACAUGGUGCACUGCACGGUCUUUGACUCGUUGUGUCUUGUUGCACCCUGCGGCACGCUCCCUCCGCUAGGAAUGCAAGCCUACGACGAAGAUGGCGGCCAUGUCUUUGGAUCACGCUCCAACCCAACCUGCUUUCUUGCCAGAUCAUAUGGUCAGUCUGCCCUGAGCUUGUCGUACUGUACUUCAGCCAUGGUGCAGCUCAACAGCGUGGAGUGUGAAUUGCCGAAUGCAAGGAUCCCAGCCGCCACGAGGCAUCCACGUUUUACGCUAGUUGCGCCACCCCAAUACCGUUGCGCAAUCUCCGGGGACACGAUUGACGGGGUGAUGCAGCUGACCGUCUUUGGCCAACAACGCAGAGCUGUAAGCGAGUUAUGUGGCUUGCUUUGGGCGAUUCAACAGCGCGCUCCCCUCUUGCCCAGAAACUGUGGCUUUAGACUUUUAACGGGUGCUGGAUCUGCGCAAAAUUAUGACACCCUGUCUGGUUGACCAUAGAAGCACAGAAAGCGCAGCUGCAGCAUUGGCACUGACGGGAAAUUGGCGCGACCUUACAAUGACCGCGUGGCUGAACAGACCAUGGAAGGACUACUGUCGCUUCCGUGGCCAUUCCCAACACGGUGAUCGCAAUGGCGACAUCCUUCCUAUAGCAGUGAUACCAUCCCGCUGGUUCUCUUCGUC